CCUGUGAGCGGCCAGUAGCGGAAGUUCCGCUCCGUCGUGAACUGGGACAGCAAGCGCACCUCUUACAGUGUAUGUGUGGCAACAACAUGUCUGUGCCGCUGCUCGCCGAGGCCGUGACGGUGUCCGGGAUGGAGAAGGAGACCGCGGCGGUGAUCUUCCUUCAUGGUUUAGGAGACUCAGGGCACGGGUGGGCAGACACUCUGACGGGGAUCCAGCUGCCUUACGUCAAGUUCAUCUGCCCCCACGCGCCUCCGAUCCCCGUCACUCUCAACAUGAAGUCCAUGAUGCCCGCGUGGUUCGACCUCAUGGGUCUCAGCCCCGACUCCCCAGAGGACGAGUCUGGCAUCAAGAAGGCUGCAGAAAACAUCAAGGCCAUAAUCGAACACGAGGCCAAAAACGGGAUCCCCCCAAACCGUAUAAUGAUCGGUGGCUUCUCUCAGGGCGGGGCCUUGUCCUUGUACACCGCCUUGACCUGCCAGCAUCAGCUGGCUGGCGUCGUGGCCCUCAGCUGCUGGCUUCCACUUCACAGGAGUUUCCCAUCGGCGUCAAACGGCUUCAAGAACGUCCCGAUCCUGCAGUGCCACGGUGAAAGUGACGCCAUGAUCCCGGUGCAGUUCGGUGCCAUGACGGCAGAAAAGCUCAAAACCAUAGUCGACCCUCACAUGAUCACCUUCAAAACCUACCCACAUCUCUCGCACUCCUCCUGUCCUCAGGAGAUGGCGACUGUAAGGGAAUUUAUCGAGAAGUAUUUGCCCCGAAUCUGACCUCACCUCAUCCCCACUGUGACCCCCUGAGACACUGACCUCUCACCCCGAUCUGCCAUUCUCCCACAGGAAACAGCCAUGAGCAGCACCCCCCCCUCUUCCACAGACAUCCACCAGACAACCAACACACACAUGUUCACAUUUAAUCAGAGCGAUUGGAGCCCACACUGCUAAACAGAACCUCCUCAUGCAGCCCAGUCUGACAGCGCUCACCCUGACUGGUCAAACACACUGAUUUGAUAUUAACAUUACCAAGUGCUCGCUCUCACAAGUCUUAGCCUUCGGAGGGAGAAACACUGACUCACACAACACAUUCCCUUUGGUUUUAUUUAAACAACCUGUCUGUUGCCUCCAGUUUUUAAUUUUUUUUUUUUAACUUUUACCUCAUUUUGCUUCCUUUUUUUUCAUUCAUUGCUUCACUGCCACAACUUUUCCCUUUUGCAUUGCCGUGCCAGUUUGUUCAUUCAAACGGAGUCAGAUGAGCAGGUUAACGCCCACCUGCUGCUCUCUGUGGUCAUACUGACUGUUAGAAGCGCAGUCAGACCGGAGUUCACGUCCUGCCUCCCUGAGGUCCAACCAGUUGGAGAGAAAAGGCGUGAUUGGCCUCUCGUUUAGUCUUGCUUUAAAGCUGCAGCAGAGAAAGAUGUAAAAUUAAAGUGGCAACAGACAACUUUUCAACUCCCCCUCGAGCAUUUCCAAGUGGCAUUACUGGUGGUCGCGCUCCCGCAAAGACCCAAGGGAUUCCAGUUUUCUGUUGCACUAAUAGAAGCAGAUAAACCACCCAGUGGAAUUGAUAAGUAGGCAUUAGUAAAGACAGAAAAUCUUUUAGUUGUAGGGGAAAAUUCUUCACAUUAUCAGCAGAUGAACUAAACAGUGCACUCUACAUGCUAGCCUUAUUAGCAUAAAUGAAUCACAAACUAAAACUCUAGUAUGUGCAGCGGAUUAAAUAAUAUAAAUCUGGUUAUUUUAUACUGAAAUGAUAACAGACUCAAAGCAGACCAGCGUGCACAUUAAACAUGUUUAAUGAUUUCUGACAGACGAGAAAAAUUAGCUCUCUGUCUGUCGAGCUGUGAUAUAAAAACUGCUGUUUGCAAAGAUUACUCUCAACUUUUUGGACCCCAAAAUGCAGCCACACUGACAGUUUCUUUGACAUGGCUCCGGUUAAACGCUCAGUCAACAUCAAACAAGUUCGACCCCACAGCUUCCACCACUUUGGGUGAAUUUAAAGUUGUGAAACCGUGUGGCUGUUCAAAGGUAGCCUGUUGCUCCUAAAAUAUUGGAUUAUUUCUGGAAUGCUGUUGAUGUGGAGCUUUUCUCUUUAUGAAAAUAAAACCAAUGAGAAUUUGGAGAAUCACCUAAACCAGUUCACCUGAACCACACAUAACAAUAGUCAUCUGUCUCCACGUUUGUGACAGAAAUCUAUGCAUUUUCUUGUUAUUUCUCAGCAUUUGAGAAGCAAAAAUAUAUUUUGUGCCUGAGUAAACGAAACCCCAGCUAACAAUACUGGCUAAAAAUGAAUUUCUAUCUGUCCUUAUCAUUUUGGUGCUGGUGAUUUUUCCAUUUGCACUAAAGGCUAAACCCUCUUUGGGAGGCACCAAAAAUUCCUCUAUGCACAAGAAAAACUACAAUCGGUUGUCAUUAUUCUAUAGUUUUGAUAUUGUGAAGCCAACAUUUACUUUAUAAAAAAUAAACUUGUUUGUUGCCAUUUUAAGCCGUAAAAAGUUUGAUAAAACACCAUAAACUCUUGUGGACAUGUCAGCUCCCACAGUUUGUGUUUGCGGCCUCUUCCUGCUUGUCGCUGCACCACGCCAGCAGCUGUUCGGUCUGACUGCAGCUUCAGUGUCUGAGCCCCACAGAUUGUGACUCAGGUGUAGUAAGAACAGCCCCUUUCACAUCCACCCGCCACCCCAUGGCAGGACACUGCAGCCUGUCCGGGUCUCGCUUCGCUAGCAAUUACAAGAUGCUUUUCCCGAAACCUCCACAAGAGCCCUCGUGCUUCUUCUUUUUUUAACAAGUGUAAUAAAGUGUCCUGAAUUAUAUGAACAAACUCCAACUGAAAUAAAACUAAUCAAUCGAUGCUUUUGCCACCCUGUGCCGUUUCUUUCGCAACUUUCACACCUGCAUGUCAGUGACGUCUCUCUGCUUUACUCUGUAUGUGAAAGUACCUCAGUUUAUGUCUUACGUUGUUUUAAAAUAACAAGAUUGUAGGCUUUAAAGGCGAAUGGCUGCAUGAAAUCCAGAUGGUUGCAGACCCGCACAGACUGCACACCACGAGUCGUUUCACUGUACCUUCUUUCCACCGACACAUUUCACCCUUUCCCGGUGUUGCCGUUUCCUCGACUUGUCACCCCACAGAGACUGGAUCCCAACGGUCUUGUUUGCUUUAAACUCUGGAAACAAACCUGCUUCUUCCAUAUCUUCUUCCGUGACACCAAAGCAGUCCCGAGUUUAAAGCUGUCACAAAUAUAUUAACGUCUCAUCUCCCUCCUUUGGCUACCUGCUGUAACCCACUAAUAGAACAUAAAAGGUCAGAUUUCAAGUUAAUCCCAACACUGUUAUAGUUCACUUCUUUGAAAAAUAAAAAAUAAAGUGGCGAUACAAAGAGAGAGAGAGCUUUGGCAAGAAGCUGUUCCAAUGUUCAAAUUUUAAAGGUAAUCUUGAACAACUUGUGAUCCUUGGACAUACGAGUGUAACUCUGAGGAGUCGUGUGCUUAAACAUAUAUAUAUCAGGUGUUCUACAUUUUCCUUUGUGAUUGUUAAUUUUGCUCUCCUCAUGACUUCCUGUUCUCUGAUUUUAAAACAAAAAAAAAAAAAGGAGGAAAGACAUCUGUUUUGAUUGUUGUUCACAAAUCAAUGAAUGUCUCUCUCAUCUCCUCGAGCCCUUUUACUCUGAAUCUGACACAGCCCUGCCUUUAUUUAGUUUAGUUUUAUCCCCUCUUUGACAUCUUUUUUUUAAUUAUUAUUAUUAUUGUUAUUGUUAUUAUAAUUCCAGCGUCUCUCCCGGUCUCGUGCGUUUAUGUUGUGAUUGGUUAAACUUUUUACAUGUUUUUUUUUUGUUGAUGUUUUGUUGUGUUUUGUCACUGUUGUCAUCUCAUCCUGUUUUUUUUUGUGUGUGUGUCUGUUUAUAAUGAUGAGCAUUAAGAAAACGUGUCGAGGUGAGACUGUUGGUCUCUCCACUUGUUUUGUUUCCAAAACACCUGUAUGCGGAAUAAAUGACAAAAAAAAAUC